AUGCCCAAAGUAAAGUCGGCAAAGAGUUCAAGACAGCAUAAUGAAAUCCAGAAGCAGGGUAUUCAGUUCAACAAGACCUUUGGUCAGCACAUUCUCAAAAAUCCCCUUGUUGUGACUUCUAUGAUUGAAAAGGCUGCUCUAAGGCCGAGUGAUGUGGCACUGGAAAUCGGUCCAGGUACUGGUAACAUGACUGUGAAGUUGCUGGAAAAGGUCAAGAAAGUGGUCGCAUGUGAAGUCGAUCCUCGGAUGGUGGCCGAGUUGCAGAAGCGAGUUCAGUCAACGCCAUUUCAGGCAAAGCUGACUGUUCUUCAAGGCGAUGUCCUCGAGAGAGAGCUGCCCUUUUUCGACGUCUGCGUCGCCAACAUGCCCUACCAAAUUUCAUCGCCUUUUGUCUUUAAACUCCUCCUGCACCGACCCUUCUUUCGAUGUGCCGUUCUCAUGUUCCAGCGAGAGUUUGCCCAGCGUCUUGUGGCCAAGCCCGGUGACAAAUUGUACUGUCGAUUGUCGGUAAACACACAGCUCCUAGCACGCGUUGAUAUCAUCAUGAAGGUAGGCAAAAAUAAUUUCAGGCCGCCGCCUAAGGUUGAAUCAUCAGUAAUUCGCCUGGAGCCCAUAAACCCACCUCCUGAUAUCAACUACAAAGAGUGGGACGGUCUGCUGCGAAUUUGCUUCCUUCGCAAGAACAAGACGCUCUCCGCACUGUUCAACUUUUCCUCCAUCUGCGACAUGUUGAAGCACAAUUACGAAGUCCACUGUUCGGUGAACAAUGUGCCCAUUGAGAAGGACUUUAACAUGAAGGAGAAGAUUGACCUGGUGUUGAAGGAGAGCGGCUACGAGGGCAAGCGAGCCCGCUCAAUGGACAUUGACGAUUUUUUGCUGCUGCUGUGCGCCUUCAAUAAGCACAACAUUCACUUUUCAUGA